CUGGGGCCUCGCUCACACAUCUCCGAGUCUCAGCGGCAGCUGAGUGGGAGCAGCAAACAUGCUGCUGCUGGCAGCUCUUAUGGUCGCAACUCCAUGGUCGUAUGGAUUUGCACAGGAAACUCCCAUACAGAGCCCUGUAUCCAUCACCGUGUCACGAGGAAAUGCAGAUCUGAAGUGUCAUUUUAAAGACUUCUCUGGAAAUUUUGAUAACACUGUCAUACACUGGUACCAACAGAAGGAGAAUAGAGCUCCAGAGAGGAUGAUCUACUUUACAUCAGGGACAGUAGUACCAGAUGAGAACUUCCAAAGGAACAGGUAUAUGAUGCAAACUGUUUCUAGACAGAAACUUUGCACUCUUACAAUAAGAAAUGUAAUUCCAGAUGAUGCUGCGACUUACUAUUGUGCCUACUGGACCCAUUACGAGAAAAUUUUUGGCUCUGGUACAAAACUCAUUGUGUCAGACAAAGGAAAUUCUGAACCGAAGAAUUUUGAAAUCCUGCAGAAGGAACACAAAAACCAACUGGUGUAUGUUUGUCUUAUUGAGAAAUUCUACCCAGAAGUUAUUCGGGUGAAAUGGACCGAUGAAGCAAAAAAGGAGGUAACAGAGAAUGUAGUGAAAGGAGAUGUCUGGAAGUCUCCAAAUGAGGAUAAGUACUCAGUCAGCUCCUGGUUAUCUGUACCAUUGGAGAGCAAAAACAAGAAAUAUUUUUGCAAUUAUGAGCAUGAAAGUAAAGAGGAUUCACUGUCCACACAAGCUUCCCCAGAGACACCUCCUCAGGAGCAGGACUGUGGCACGCAAUCUGGAAACAGCACAGUUUUUAACAGAGUUGUUACAGAUCAGUUGACGCACAAGGCAGCGCAAUUGGUGUACGUUGUUCUGCUUCUGAAAAGCUCCAUGUACUAUGUCAUCGUACUCUUCUUCUUCUUCAAGUACAGAACGAGGAGUGCAGCUAAACCCUCAGGAAAGAAAACAUAAGUACUGGCUUUAGAAAGGUUUAAAAAAUUGUCUUCAGUUUGCUUUGCUGUAUAAUUAUCCACACAGACUCCCCUGCUUUCUGUGCUAGAUACAAAAACAACAAAAAAAUCCCAGGAGAGCAGGCAUAUAGGGUUUGCUGUGCUUUACUGCUACUGUUUUCCUGAUUUUUUCUGAGUAUUGAACUGAGGUGGAGGUGAGCAAAAGCUAUGUAAGUUUACAUAGCUUGGCUUUUAGUAGGAACUCUGUAAUGCAAGGGGAGGAAGGUCCUCCUGCUCAAAGUAUUUUUGCAUGCAUAAGCGUAGAGGUGUAAUGGAACUUUGAAAACAUAAAACACGUGUAUUUUAUCAUUGCAUUUAAGGAUUAAUUAGGAGCAUUCUACUGCUGUAAACACACAGAUACUCAUUGUUUACUUUCAAUGAUUUAUUGCAACUUCAUCAAAUCAGGACUUGAAUAUUCUGAAGUGAUAUAUGCUUUAAAAGAUUCAACUAGACAUGAUUUUUUAAAAGCAAAGAUAGCUUUGUAGCAAGUUAGAUAAACAUAAAAGCAAUUCUAAGGUGCAUACCUACAGAAAUUUAAGAAAUUCGCCAGGCCACAGGCCAGCACUGCUGCACAAACUGAAAACAUGCGUAUCAUGUCUUUAAAGGUACAAAACGAUUGCAAUUAUCACCUUGUUUAGAGAAAUCAUUUCAAACUGAGCAAAACCUUAAAUCUGAUGCUUCAGUAAAGGAAGUGUUCUCACAGUACAGGAAAAAUUCUCAGAUGAUAUACUUCGAACUCUUCAUCUCCAAGUUGUGCAAAUUUAGGGCUAGUGCCACAAGUCUGGAGAUGAAUGCCUGCACCAAACCUGUAAUGAUGUAGAGCAAUAAAAACUUUCCCUGAGAUGCAUUUGUGAGACCUCUAUUUGUCCUACAGACUGUACCACGGUGUCUUGAAAACUUGGUUAUUUUCCAUGUUCAUAUGAAUUCCUUGGAGAACGAAGGAUCCUUAAAACCAUCCAUUUCUUUUUUGCCUAUCACAUUUUUAAAUGGGGACACAGUUUUACAUAGAAAAAUAAAAGUUACCCCAUUAAACCUUAUCUACUGAACAGCAAAGCUGGGGAGAAACAACAUGUUGUUACAAUGGGCCUGUCUUCCAUCCCUGCUCAAGAAGGGCUGCCUAGAGCAGGUUGCUCAAGACUAUGGUCAGAUGUCUUUUGAGUACUUCCAAGGCAACCAGUAGCAAAUCUCUUAGCCUCUCCUCACGAGGGAUACUCCAGUCUCUUGAUUAUCUUUCCUGGCUCUUUUCUGGGCUUUCUCCAGGACCUCCACGCCAUGUCUGUCUCGUACUGGCGAGCCCAGAACUGGAACCCUCAAAAGUACCCGAAAACCGCUGCUGACAUUCAAGACCAGGGACCCUUAGAUCUUCAGUCUAACACUCUCCUAGCUGAGCUAUUUCAGCACUGCCCUAGCUUGAAUAUUCACAAAACCUGAUGGAAUGUCAUUAUCUUUCAGCUGUAUUCAGACAUACUUUGCAGGCAUCAGCUUGAGAGUCAAAGUCAUUUCAGGGAAUAAAGUAAAGACAGACUGGGCUCAAAAGAGAUGGUUCAACCAGCUGCACCAACACAGGAUCCUUGUCAUGGCACAUUACAUUUGUUUACAGAGUCUUUGUGUGUGAACCUUUAGUAAGAGCAUGGCUCUGGGUGAUGUCUAGAAGAGGAGCAGGGAAACAAAACUUCUGUUCUUGAAGGAGGAGUAUAUUUACCUUUAGAUUAGAGAAGGUAUCUGUCACAAGCAAAUCACUGAAAAGGAAAAUAAAGAUACAGCGCUAGGUCUCUAUAAAUACGAACUUACUGAUAAGGCAGCAGAAUGACAAAAGACAAGGGUGAUAGAUGAUGAAGGGAAAGACAAUUUAAUUGUGCAAAGUUUGCAACAAAUGAAUGAGGAUGGGAAUAAAAUAGAAGGGACAGUCAAGCACAAACUGUUCUUUCUGCAGAAAAAGACCUAAGUAUACAGGUGGACAACAGGUUGAGUAAGAAGUGUGUCCUUGCGGCCAAGAAGGCCAAUGAGUUUGUUAAAAAGAGAGUGGCCAGCAGGUCAAGAGAGGUUCUCCUCCUCCUCUGCUCUGUCCUGGUGAGGCCACAUCUGGGGUACUGUGUCCAGUUCUGGUCUCCCCAGUUCAAGACAGACAGGGUACUUCUAGAGAGAGUCCAGCCAGGGACUGUGAAGAUUAUUAGGGUCCUGGAGCAUCUUCCUUAUGAGGAAAGACUGAGAAACCUGGGACUGUUGAGCCUGGAGAAGAGAACACUGAGGGGGAGAAUCUCAUCACUGCCUAUAAAUAUCUAAAGUGAUUCAAGUGGAUGGAGCCAGGUUCUUUUUGGUGAUGCACAAUGAUUGGACACGGGGCAAUGGGUACAAACUGGAACACACUUCUCAUGUUCAGAUGGAACAUGACUUCUUUACUUUGACAGUAACAGGCUGCCUAGAGAUGUUGUGGAGUCUCCUCUGGAGAUAUUCAAGACCUUCUCGGGUGCCUUCCUGUGUAAUCUACUCUAGGGAAUCUGCUUUAGCAGGGGGUUGGAAUAGAUGAUCUCCAGAGAUCCCUUCCAAUCUUUAAGAUUCUGGGAUUCCAUAAUCUAUACUCAAACUCUUUUUGAAAACAAGCUGAUAUCCUGUGUUAUUAUUUGCAAAGUCUUGAUUCCAAUAGAAGUGAAAUAAAACAGUAAUAAAAGUAUUUGGGGGCACUUACUGUAGAUUUGAGUAGCAUAAUUAAUAUCACUGUCCAGGCCUCCCUCACCGUUAUCCCUGCUAGUCCAUCAGGCUAGAAAAACACUUGAUUGCUUCAGUGAAUCAAGACUGCUUUUACUAAAACUGUCCUCAAAUCCACUUGCGCCCUCUCAUAUACAAAACCAAAAGAUGCUGUACCAUAAAGUAGAGAGAAAACACCUUUUAUCUUUUUGAAUAAAGAAUCCUGCCUAUAA